CUGCUCCGUCCACAAUGUGGAAACCAGUGGAUCUACCCUUCCAGAACUCCCCACCAUUGCCUGCUCUCCCUACAACAGAUGAAAUCCGCGCCUGCACCAAUCUCCUAUGGGAGACCCAGGCCUCCAAGAUAGUGGCGCUGAACGACGAGAUCGUUGUAAAAUAUGGAGGUGGUGUAGACACCUGGGAAGGCCAGGCUCUGAUAUACCUUGAACGACACGUCCCAGACGUUCCAGCCCCCCGACUGUACGCGAUGUACUAUGAUUCCAACAAACUGUUCCUGGUCAUGCAACGCGCUCCCGGGGUGCCGCUGAAUACCAUCUGGGACUCAUUGCCGCCCUCCGAGAAAGAUGGCAUUAUCGGCAACCUGCAACGGAUAUUCUCCACAAUGCGCAAGGCCGAAUGUCCAUGGCCUGACGACUUUUUCGGAAGCCUGGAUGGCGGCCCCGUACAUCACUACCUAUUCUAUAGCCAACAUGAAGGGGACGAGAGGUAUCUAGGGCCUUUCUGCGGCGAACCGGCCUUCGUGGCGGGCCUGGUCGGGAAUUAUAGGGCUUUGCUCGAUAGCAAUAAUCACCCAGAUUACAAGUGUCGGUUUUACGAGAAAUACCUCCCUCGUGUCCUUCAGGGACACCGGCCUACACUGACGCACGGGGACGUGCAGCAGAAGAACAUUAUUGUCGCGGAGAAUACAUCCCGCGCGAACGAUCAGGGUGGGCGAUCUUUUGACGUCGUACUUGUCGAUUGGGAGAAUUCUGGUUGGUUUCCUGACUUCUGGGAAUUCUUUUGUGCGUCUUAUCCUUUUCAUUUCCAGUGGGAUGAGGACUGGUCCUGGCGAGUCCAGGAGUUUGUGGAAGUAUGGCCCGCUGAGAUGUCCGUAAUGCAUCUGAUAGACAGGGAUCUAGGCAUGUGA